AUGGACAAUCUGCUGGCGAGUCUCCCUGCCAAAUCACCACUGAUCAUCCUAGCCGCGAUCGUUAUUGCAACGUUUGUGCGAAGUUAUCUGAACAAAGGCUUCAACAAAUAUCCAGGGCCCUUUCUUUCAAACUUCACAGACGUCUGGAGAUUCUUCAGUGUGCUGAGUGGCAAAUCGCAACUGACUUUGCGAACGCUACAUGACCGAUAUGGAGAUAUCGUUAGGCUCGGACCUAAUUCGCUUUCCUUCAGCAGCCCAGAAGCCCUCAAGGCAAUAUAUGGGUUGAAUGUUCGAUUGACAAAGAGUGCAUUUUACCCGGUGCAGAUGCAGCUAUCACGAGGCGAGGUGCUCCAGUCUUUGUUCGGAACACAAGACCAAGACUAUCAUAUGAAGCUUAGACGGACUGUCAGCAAUGCAUUCUCCAUGACCUCACUGGUUCAAUACGAACCCCGAGUGAACGAUACUGUUCGAGUUUUCCUGCAACGGACGGAAGAACUCUAUGCGAAGCCUGGCCAACCCUGCAAUUUUAUCCUCUGGCUCCAAUACUUUGCCUUUGAUGUCAUUACGGAGAUUACGUACAGUAGGAGAGUCGGCUUCGUGGAUAACUGCGAAGACGUCGAUGGUAUCAUUGCUUGGCUUGGAAAGAUCUUUGACUAUCAGGCGCCGGUUGGCCAGAUGCCUUGGCUAGACAAAGUGUUUGUGAAGAAUCCGAUCAGAACUUUGCUCAGUAAAUAUGGAUACAUCGACAACUCGUCGGGGACGGCCAAAUUCUCAAGAGCUAGAAUGGCCGAGCGACUGUCGGGCGCAUAUAAAAAGGACAGUAUGGACCUUUUGACCAUGUUUCUGAAGGCUCAAACAGAGAACCCUGACUUCUUCGAUGAUGGACGCCUCCUAACAAUGACAACCUCGAUUGCCCUUGCUGGAUCUGACACAACAGCCAUCAGCCUCGCAGCAGUCUUUUACUUCCUUCUCAAGUCCCCCGAAUGCUACCAGAAGCUCAACCGGGAAAUCGACGAUGCCAUUAAUGCUGGCUUGAUAUCAGACACAGGAGGGAUAAUAACGUGGACCGACGCACAGAAACUGCCAUAUCUACAUGCUUGCAUCCAAGAAACGUUCCGCAUGCAUCCAGCCAUUGGCAUGAUCCUGGAGCGACUCGUAGCGCCGCAGGGCAUGGAGAUCUGUGGCCGAUUCAUUCCGGGCGGGACAAUAGUAGGCUGCAACCCCUGGGUCAUACAUCGCCGGCAGGAGAUUUUUGGCGAAGACGUCGAUACUUGGAGACCGGAGCGAUGGCUGGUGAACCCUGCCGACACAGAAGCAGAUGAGUUGCGCUUGAAAAAGAUGAACAACGUCAUGUUCCAAUUCGGAGGUGGUUCGAGGACAUGUCUCGGCAAGCACAUCGCCCUUUUGGAGAUGUAUAAACUGAUUCCGAGCUUUUUGAGACGAUUUGAGGUAAGCAGACCCCGUAUCGAGAAUUUUCACAGAGUUUGA